AAAAAACAUAAAAAAACACAAACACAAAGAAAAAACACAAACUCUGCUAGUUAAAUGUAUAAAGUCACAUUAUGUAUGGACACUGAGUGUCUGAUGCUUCUCUAGAAAGGGGAGAGUGAGAAUGGGGUCCCAGGCCCUCGCUUUUUCUGUCUCUCAGCCUCAAACUGAGCCAAGGAGAAGAAGGAGGAGUCGGAAGAAAAAUGCAGCUGUGAAAGGUAGGUUAUGCCAUUCAGCCCUGUGUGCCCUGGGUGUUAGCCCCCACCCUCUCUGGCCCUAAGGGCACAGCUCAAUGGGUUCUGAGGAGACCAGUGGCUGGGCCCGCCCUCAGGAAACAGAACCCCCACGGAGGCUCCUGAGGAGCAGAGCGGAACACAGAUACUUCCCAGAUUCCAUGUGCAGAAUGAAGCUGUGAGGGUCCUGAAAAUGGGUGUGGCCCAGCAGGGGUAUGUGGGCUGCUUUGGACCAAUAGCACCUGGAUUGGGAGGUGGGACCUGCAGGUUCAAGUGUGGACUUGUUAACUUUGCUCAGAUUCAUCUGUGAGGUGACCCCUGCCCAUUUUCCUCCACUGAGGGGUUGUGAGGGCAGCAGGAGGCAAUGGAUGUGGAAGCACUUUGUAAAUGAUAAACCCUUUCCUGAGGUUCACCAUCACUGUCACGGACCCUUAGACAGCCUUGGACCCUGCUGCCUGGACUCCAGUCUCCCAGUGGUGUCCCUUUAAAGGAGGGGUCAGCCUCCUUUAAGACCCCUAGGCUGCUGCCUUCACCACCAUAAACCACUCUGCUGAUUUUCAGCUUGCAGAGAUUGCCAGAAAGAAUUGGAAGAGAUCCGGGACCUGACUUCACUUCUGCAAACACACCUGGGGAGGUUCCCUGAAAAGGGCAACUUUCAUCAACUCUCCUCUCAAGAAGCCCCUGGGAAGGUGAGCAAAGCAGAACCUGCUGGAGCCCACCAGCCAUACAGGGAAGAGACUGCUCCCACCGUGUCCCCGGCUCCUCUGACUGAGCAGCCUCUACCUCAGGCCUGCACCCUUUCUUCAGAUUCAGUUCCCUCCUCAUUUUCUGUUCACUCAGAUUCCUCCUUGAGUGCUUCUCAAAUACCAGAGCCUUUCCUUCCCCUGGACAGCCUUUCACCCCAGCCACUGGCUGUUUCUCCUACACCGCCAUGCUCUCCUGAUGCAGUGGCCUGCCCUGGACCUCCGACAGCCUCCUCUGUCCCACAGCCACCAGCCGCCAUGCUGAAUCUCAGUCAGGGUGAAUCUGUGGCACUCCCAUUGGGCACCGUCUCACACAGGUCAUCUCUACCCUCCCCAUGGAGACCAGCCAUCUCAGGCCUACUCCAUUCAAGCUGCCCCCUUUCAGCCCUGUCUUGGUGGCAGGGGGCUGAAAAAACCUGGAGUUCCUCAACUGUGACACACUUUGAGUCCCAGCAAGAACACCUUUCCAGUCACCCAGUGGAGGCCUCGUUUUGGGGAGACCUCACAAACAGACAGGUAGAGCCUGGUAGCCUCUCUUUUGUGAACCCAGAUGUCCAGAAGCUGCUGGAGAUACUAAUCACCAAGAGAGUAGAAUUAAAGAUUUGGAAGAAGAAAGGAAAGGAGGUGGAGGCAAGCUUUUGGAUCAUAAAAAGCAAACCAGAACAACUGCUUGGUCCCGAGAGGGCCCCAUAUGCUGGCACUUUGGGGGACCGUCUACAGAAGACAUGCAGCCACCUCUUCUGGGGUCUCCCUUUUCUGCACAGUGAGUCUCUGGUGGCUACUGUCACAGUACCUGGGUCCCCUUUAGAGUUACACCCUAUCUUAUUUAACAAAUGCUCUAAGACCAAACCACUCCAAAUUCCAGCUAAAGCAACAUCACAACUGUCAUUGGCCCAGCCCUCGACCUCCACUGUGGCCCGGGUACAACCCAGACCCUUGAUUCCAACCAUGGCCCAGUUUCAACCACCACCUCAGGGUCACAUGGAGACCCAGGCCCAACACCUACCCUUGACUUCAGUCCUGCCCCAAUAUCAGCCACAACCUUGGGUUUACUUGGAGACUCAGACCCAACCCCUACCCUUGACUCCAACUAUGCCCCAUUGUCAAGCACAAACUCGGGCUCACAUUCAGACCCAGGCCCAACCCCAACCCUUGUCUACAACCAUAUCCCAAUGUCAACCAUCAUCUCGGGCUUACAUGAAGACCCAGGUCCAACCCCUACCCUUGAUUCCAGCUAUGCCCCAUUGUCAAGCACAAACUUGGGCUCACAUUCAGACCCAGGCCCAACCCCAACCCUUGUCUACAACCAUACCCCAAUGUCAACCAUCACCUCAGGCUCACAUGGAGACCCAGGUUCAAACCCUACCCUUGACUCCAAUCAUGCCCCAAUGUCAACUGUCACCUAGGUUUCAGUUAGAGACCGCUGCUCACAUCUCACCAUCUCUUCCAAUCCAACCAUCUUCUUCUAAACCACACAUUAGGUACGGUGAAGUAUCUCAUGCAACAGUCCAAAGUAAGGGACAAACUUCUGUCCCAAAUGCAAUUCAAAACCUGGAACAUCACUUUUUGAUAAAACACUUAGAAAGUAGGAAAAUUAUACCCUCUUUGGUUAAAAGAUAUCAGCAUGUCUUUAGUCAAGUCACCCACAACCAUUCCCAGGAGAGCAGGCCUUCCCAGGCCCACAUCUCUGUCGCCACCCCUUUUGGGGAUUUGAUCAGGCCUGAGGUUUGGGAGAAACUGGAGCACCACCUUUCUAAAAGGUUCAUGCAGCAACAGAGUGACCUGCCCUGCAGAAUCCAAGCUUCUCAUAAAGUUAUGCAGCUUCAGGGUGAAUUCCCAAAGCUUUGUGAGGUACAGGCUAAGAAGGGGCCCUCAAUACCCUCUGCAGUUCUAGACAAAAGCAGCCAGGACACACAGAAGAUGAGGUCCAGAUCCUCAGCAAGGAUCCCACCAGAGAAGGACCUUUGCCAGGAUAUAGAACAAAGUGUGGGGAAGAUCAUAAAAGACCUGUACGUGAUCCCAGCCAACACCACAGUGAAGGUUCCAAGAGUGAAGCCUGAGUCACAAAGAGAGUUGAGCCCAGACAGGAAGCAUCCAGAAGAUUUGGGAGUCCUUAUGGGCAUGAACACUAAGCAGAUUCAAGAGAGUCCAAUCCCUGUGGGUGUCCAUUGUUUGAGACUUGCUGCCAACUGCAUCGUAGACCUUUCUGGAGAGUCAAAUGCUUAUCAAGAAACAGAAAAUCUAGAUUCCUCUCAGGAUGGGGAAGCCUCCAUGAACACCUUCCAUGAGUCUCUUGUCCUGAGUCCUUGUGUCCGACAGGAGUUGGAAGCAUAUAUACUAAAAUUUCGGGUGACGCAUAUGUGGGGCUUACUCCUCAAGGUCUUCAAGUUCAUACUUAGCUUGAAUUUGAGAAAGGCCCACCACAUACCCCUUCCAGGAUCCACCUUGAAAGCUACUUGUGAAUCUGGGGACCACUCAAAAGCCCAGUCUACAAAGAUCUUUGGAAAUCCUCCUCAGCCCCAAGCUGGAAAGAGAAUGAUAACAGCUGAGGCAGCUUCCCCCAUGGAGACUGCCUUCUCCACUCCCUCAUGGGCCAGCGAGGAAACCCAGAGAGUCAUGGGAGGACCCCUACCUGGUGGCAUCCUUAAGCCCUCAGAGGUCCCUCUGACUAGACAGGGAGACAAGCCACCUUCUCAGACACCUAUGUACAACUUUGUGGGCAGAAUCUGGCACAAUGAGUGUAUCAUGGGGGCUGACAAAGGCAGCCUGGAGCCUUUGAUCAGUCCAAGUCCAGCAAUGGUCAGGAAUGUGCCACAGGAGGAAACUGGGGAAUGGGCUUUCCCAGACUCCUACUCUAACGUGACAGUAGUGGAACUUGAUGAAAGGUCCCAAUCUCCCAUGGAACAAGAAGCCAUAGAGGGGGACUCUGGUUGGAAAAGUACUUUUGAACCUUGUUUGCUGAUCAAAUCACAAAGUAAUAAUAUGGAUUUGAGGAGAUCACAGUCUCAAAAAUUCAAUAAAUGCUUCUCAUUGAAUACAAAGUCUGUUGCCUCAAGUCUAGAUCUACACUUUGAUGCACAGUUUCGUAAGCUUGAGUGCCAAGGUUUCACAGAUGGGCAGAAAGAGGCUCAAGGCCAGGCCAUUGGCAUGCUCCUUCAAGACUGUGAAACUGGGGCCACUGGCACGCUUCUCAAAAACUGUCGCUCAGAUAUGUUCAUUGCUGCAAACAACUUGGCUUCUCAGGAAUCCCUGUCCUGUUCCCAGACCUUUUCCAGUGGAGGCACGACCAAUUCCCAGAUGCUCUAUGAUGCGUCAUCAACUGGAGGGAGCAGCCAGGGGCAGCAGGAAGUCCUAAGAUGGCAGCCCCAACGUACGUGCCAGAGCAAGAAGUUUGUCCCCACUGAUGGGAGAGGGAAUUACAGAAGGUCCAAACUAGGACAGCGUAAAAAAAGAUUGGCAGAACAGAGGGCCUAUCAGGCCUGCAGGAUGAACCACGCUGGCCAGAAAAAGGAAUCAGCGGAGCCACUAAGCAAGUCCCGCCAGUUUACCUUGAAGAAAGGACAGGUUCCUUUAGAAAGCCACUUCAGAAUAUGGAUUAAGCAGCUUCUGCAGUGGAUUUUCCCCAAUAAAAGCAAAAGACCAGAAGAGCACCUGCAACAAGGCAAGCCUGUAGCAGCCACUACAGGCUACAGUAGCCACUACAGCGGCCACCAGACCCAGGAACCAGUCCAAAGCAGAUUGAUAACGGAGGGCAGGGCUGCUGAGGCUCAGGUUCUCAUGACAGCUGUUGGAAAGAUCCUAAAGGAGAAGAUGGUGUUUCACUAUAGACCUCAUGCCUCGGAGUUACAUUGGUGCCAGGGAGAACUCUGGGCCCCAUUCGGUCCACGUUACUGCUACCAUAGGUUUUCCUCCUACAAAGAGCAAAGGAGAGUGGUGGGAGAUACAUCCUGCCAUCACCAAGCUACCCCCAUGGGCCACUGCUGUUCUAAAAACAGUGAGUGGACCAGUGCCAGGGGCAUCAAAUGGGCUGUCCUACCUAGGGAGCCACGUCCCCCUCUAGGCAGAGCUUGCCAGCAUAGAUCAAGAGUGACAAGUGUCUCCAGCCAUAGCCUCCACUGUCCAAGGCACUGUCUUUUUCAGAAAUAAACCUCUUCUGGUCAAUCAGAACAGGCUUGUCACAGCUU